AUGAUGUGUGAAGUGAUGCCCACGAUUAAUGAGGACACCCCAAUGAGCCAAAGGGGGUCCCAAAGCAGUGGCUCGGACUCAGAUUCCCAUUUUGAGCAACUGAUGGUGAAUAUGCUAGAUGAAAGGGAUCGUCUUCUAGACACCCUUCGGGAGACACAAGAAAGCCUUUCACUUGCCCAGCAAAGACUUCAGGAUGUCAUCUAUGACAGAGAUUCGCUCCAGAGACAGCUUAAUUCAGCCCUGCCACAGGAUAUCGAAUCCCUAACAGGAGGGCUGACUGGUUCUAAGGGGGCUGAUCCACCGGAAUUUGCUGCACUGACAAAGGAAUUAAAUGCCUGCAGAGAACAACUUCUAGAAAAGGAAGAAGAAAUCUCUGAACUUAAAGCUGAAAGAAACAACACAAGACUGUUACUGGAGCAUUUGGAGUGCCUUGUGUCACGACAUGAAAGAUCACUAAGAAUGACGGUGGUAAAACGGCAAGCCCAGUCCCCCUCAGGAGUAUCCAGUGAAGUUGAAGUUCUCAAGGCACUGAAAUCUUUAUUUGAACACCACAAGGCCUUGGAUGAAAAGGUAAGGGAGCGACUGAGGGUUUCUUUAGAAAGAGUCUCUGCACUGGAAGAAGAACUAGCUGCUGCUAAUCAGGAGAUUGUUGCCUUGCGUGAACAAAAUGUUCAUAUACAAAGAAAAAUUGCAUCAAGUGAGGGAUCCACAGAGUCAGAACAUCUUGAAGGGAUGGAACCUGGCCAGAAAGUCCAUGAAAAGCGUUUGUCCAAUGGUUCUAUAGACUCAACUGACGAAACUAGUCAAAUAGUCGAAUUACAAGAAUUGCUUGAAAAACAAAACUAUGAAAUGGCCCAAAUGAAAGAACGUUUAGCAGCCCUUUCUUCUAGAGUGGGAGAGGUAGAACAGGAAGCAGAAACAGCAAGAAAGGAUCUCAUUAAAACAGAAGAAAUGAACACUAAAUAUCAAAGGGACAUUAGGGAGGCCAUGGCACAGAAGGAAGAUAUGGAAGAAAGAAUCACGACCCUUGAGAAGCGUUACCUCAGUGCUCAGAGAGAAUCUACCUCCAUACAUGACAUGAAUGAUAAGCUAGAAAAUGAGUUGGCAAAUAAAGAGGCCAUCCUACGGCAGAUGGAAGAGAAAAACAGACAGUUACAAGAGCGUCUUGAGCUGGCUGAGCAAAAGUUGCAGCAGACUAUGAGAAAGGCUGAAACAUUACCUGAAGUAGAGGCUGAACUGGCUCAGAGAAUUGCAGCCCUAACAAAGGCUGAAGAGAGGCAUGGAAAUAUUGAAGAACGUAUGAGACAUCUGGAAGGUCAACUUGAAGAGAAGAAUCAGGAACUCCAAAGAGCUAGGCAAAGAGAGAAAAUGAAUGAGGAACAUAACAAAAGAUUAUCUGACACUGUAGACAGACUUCUGACUGAAUCCAAUGAACGUCUACAGCUACACUUAAAGGAAAGAAUGGCUGCUCUAGAAGAGAAGAAUGUUUUAAUUCAAGAAUCAGAAACUUUCAGAAAGAAUCUUGAAGAAUCUUUACAUGAUAAGGAAAGAUUAGCGGAAGAAAUUGAAAAGCUGAGAUCUGAACUUGACCAAUUGAAAAUGAGAACUGGCUCUUUAAUUGAACCCACAAUAUCAAGAACUCAUCUAGACACCUCAGCUGAGUUGAGAUAUUCAGUUGGGUCCCUCGUGGACAGCCAGUCCGAUUACAGAACAACUAAAGUAAUAAGAAGACCAAGGAGAGGCCGCAUGGGUGUGCGAAGAGAUGAGCCAAAGGUGAAGUCUCUUGGGGACCAUGAGUGGAGUAGAACUCAACAGAUUGGAGUACUAAGCAGCCACCCUUUUGAAAGUGACACUGAAAUGUCCGAUAUUGAUGAUGAUGACAGAGAAACCAUUUUUAGCUCAAUGGACCUUCUCUCUCCAAGUGGUCAUUCUGAUGCCCAGACUCUAGCCAUGAUGCUUCAGGAGCAACUGGAUGCCAUCAACAAAGAAAUCAGGCUAAUUCAGGAAGAAAAAGAAUCUACAGAGUUGCGUGCUGAAGAAAUUGAGAAUAGAGUGGCUAGUGUGAGCCUGGAAGGUCUGAAUCUGGCAAGGGUCCACCCGGGAACCUCCAUCACUGCCUCUGUCACAGCUUCGUCGCUGGCCAGUUCAUCUCCCCCCAGUGGCCACUCCACACCAAAACUCACUCCGCGAAGCCCUGCAAGGGAGAUGGAUCGCAUGGGAGUCAUGACCCUGCCAAGUGAUCUAAGGAAACAUCGGAGAAAGAUUGCAGUAGUGGAAGAAGAUGGUCGGGAGGAUAAAGCAACAAUUAAAUGUGAGACUUCUCCUCCUCCUACCCCUAGAGCCAUCAGAAUGACUCACACCCUCCCUUCUUCCUACCACAACGAAGCCCGAAGUAGUUUAUCUGCCUCUCUUGAGCCAGAAAGCCUUGGGCUUGGCAGUACCAAUAGCAGCCAAGACUCUCUUCACAAAGCCCCCAAGAAGAAAGGAAUCAAGUCUUCCAUAGGACGUUUGUUUGGUAAAAAAGAAAAAGCUCGACUUGGGCAACUUCGAGGCUUUAUGGAGACAGAAGCGGCAGCUCAGGAGUCCCUGGGGUUGGGCAAACUUGGAACUCAAGCUGAAAAGGAUAGAAGACUGAAGAAAAAGCAUGAACUUCUUGAAGAAGCUCGGAGAAAGGGAUUACCUUUCGCCCAGUGGGAUGGGCCUACUGUGGUCGCAUGGUUAGAGCUCUGGUUGGGAAUGCCUGCUUGGUAUGUGGCAGCCUGCCGAGCCAAUGUGAAGAGCGGUGCCAUCAUGUCCGCUUUAUCUGACACUGAGAUCCAGAGAGAAAUUGGAAUUAGCAAUCCACUGCAUCGCUUAAAGCUCCGAUUAGCAAUCCAGGAGAUGGUUUCCCUAACAAGUCCUUCGGCACCUCCGACAUCCCGAACUCCUUCAGGCAACGUUUGGGUGACCCAUGAAGAAAUGGAAACUCUUGCAGCUCCAGCAAAAACGAAAGAAUCUGAGGAAGGAAGCUGGGCCCAGUGUCCGGUUUUUCUACAGACCCUGGCUUAUGGAGAUAUGAACCAUGAGUGGAUUGGAAACGAAUGGCUUCCCAGCCUGGGGUUACCUCAGUACAGAAGUUACUUUAUGGAAUGCUUGGUAGAUGCAAGAAUGUUAGAUCACCUAACAAAAAAAGAUCUCCGUGUUCAUUUAAAAAUGGUGGAUAGUUUUCAUCGAACAAGUUUACAGUAUGGAAUUAUGUGCUUAAAAAGGUUAAAUUAUGACAGAAAAGAGCUAGAAAGAAGACGGGAAGCAAGCCAACAUGAAAUAAAAGAUGUGUUGGUGUGGAGCAAUGAUCGAGUUAUUCGCUGGAUACAAGCAAUUGGACUUCGAGAGUAUGCAAAUAAUAUUCUUGAGAGUGGUGUGCACGGCUCACUUAUAGCCCUGGAUGAGAACUUUGACUACAGCAGCUUAGCAUUAUUAUUACAGAUUCCAACACAGAACACCCAGGCAAGGCAGAUUCUUGAAAGGGAAUACAAUAACCUCUUGGCUCUGGGAACUGAACGGCGACUGGAUGAAGGCGACGACAAGAGUUUCAGACGUGGAUCGACCUGGAGAAGGCAGUUUCCUCCUCGUGAAGUGCAUGGAAUCAGCAUGAUGCCCGGGUCCUCAGAAACAUUACCAGCUGGAUUUAGGUUAACCACAACAUCUGGGCAGUCAAGGAAAAUGACAACGGAUGUUGCUUCAUCAAGACUGCAGAGGUUAGACAACUCCACUGUUCGCACAUACUCAUGUUGA